AUGGCGGCCUCUCGCAGCAGCAUAUUUCGUUUGAUCAAUGCUUCGCAGCAUACGGCAUGUCCAUGCCAUGGUGGCCGAGCUGCGGUCUCGCAUGCCCACCAAGCUCACGCGCUUGGUACACUACGCCAGUUCGCGACUCCUGUGAACACGGUAGAGAAGGAGUAUGCCUUUGAGGUUGCUGCGUCGAACCUGCGAUUCGGCGACGGUGUCACCGCAGAGGUGGGCAUGGACCUAAAGAACAUGAAAGCACGCAAGGUUGGUGUCUUCACAGACCCCAAUAUUGCAAAGCUCCGACCCAUGAAGACGGCUAUUACCGCACUUGAAUCGCAGCCGGAUCUACCUUUUGAGGUGUAUGAUAAGGUAGUGGCCGAGCCAACGGAAGACAGCUGGCGCGACGCGAUUACUUGGGCACGCACACACGACUUCAGUCACUUCUUAGCUAUCGGAGGAGGCAGCGUUAUUGAUACCGCCAAGGCCGCGAACUUGUUCUCUGUUUACAAGGACGCCGACCUCAUGGAUUUCAUCAACGCCCCGAUUGGCAAAGGUCUUCCUAUAGCCCAAACCCUCUUCCCCUUGAUCGCAAUCCCUACGACGGCUGGUACCGGCUCCGAAACCACAGGAACCGCAAUCUUGGACAUAACGUCCAGAUCCUUCAAGACUGGAAUAGCCAGCCGUGCUAUGAAGCCCGUGCUGGGUAUCGUCGAUACAAUGAACACCGAAACGUGUCCAACGCAGGUGCACAUUAGUUCAGGACUUGAUGUGCUCUUCCACAGCAUGGAGAGCUACACUGCGAUUCCAUACACUGAGCGUACGCCAAGACCCAGCAAUCCAAUUCUCCGGCCUGCGUAUCAAGGAAGCAAUCCGGUCGCUGAUAUAUUCUCACUUUGGGCGUUACAAACAGCGGUGAAAUACCUUCCAAGAAUUGCUAAGGAUCGGGGUGAUAGUGAAGCCCGCAGGCAGAUGCUGCUUGCCUCUUCUUUCGCAGGUAUUGGGUUCGGUAACGCUGGCGUCCAUCUCUGCCAUGGUAUCAGCUAUCCUAUUUCUGGAUUGAACAAAAAAGGGCCGAAAUACAAGCACCCAGAGUAUCUCGUUGAUUCGCCGAUAAUACCUCACGGAAUAAGUGUGGCUUUGACCGGUCCUGCUGUGUUCCAGUUCACCGCUCCUUCGGCGCCAGACCGCCAUCGUCAAGCACUAGCCAUCUUUAACUCCACGUCCGUACUCGACUCUUCGAUCACAAAAAUACCGGACUCCGAGCUCGGAGCACAUCUCUAUGAGUCCAUUGCGAGAUUCCUUGAUGGACUUGGUGUUCCGAGAGGGCUGAAGAGUGUCGGUUAUAAGAGGAGUGAUGUGGACAUGCUAGUAGAAGGGACGAUGCCGCAGCGGAGAGUGUUGGACCUGGCGCCUGGAAUUGGGGAUGUCGUUGGUGAAGACGGGCGACAGCACCUCACCAGGAUUAUCGAGAACUCACUUGAGUACUAG